UCGCUCUAUUCCGUUAACCCGUUUCUUCCGGCAACUAGAUCACCAAGCUUAGCUCGGUCACCGGACUCACCGCCGGCGGGUGUCCAUCAACGAUAAAGAAUCAAUUUUUCCGACUCCCAAUGCCUGUCUAAGGAUGACCUCCUCUUUUCCUACUGCAAAUUUUGGGCAUUUUCAGUCUCCUUUCGGUGAAAUUGCAUUGUCUUGGGAGGAUUGCUAGAUGGUGUGGCUGGUGAUUGUUGGCUUGUUGGUAUUACUCUGGGCGGUUUCUUUGGGCAAAAUACACUUGGGUUCAUCUUUAAAUUCCAAGACCACCUUCCUGAAUGAUAAUGCAAGUGCUGGGUUGCCUUCAAGGAAAAAUGUCUUGUUGGUUAUUGCACACCCUGAUGAUGAGACAAUGUUCUUUUCACCAACAAUCAAUUACCUGACUUCAAGGGGGCAUAAUGUUUAUAUACUGUGCUUGUCAACUGGUAAUGCAGAUGGUAUUGGGGGCAUCAGGAAAGAAGAGCUGUACCUAGCAUCUGUUGUCUUGAAGGUGCCGUCCCAGCGAGUGAAGGUUGUGGACCACCCAGAUUUGCAGGAUGGUUUUCACAAGGUCUGGAACUGUAAUUUAUUGGAAAUUAUUAUUAAGGAGGAAGUUGAUUCUAAAGCCAUUGAUGUGAUAAUAACUUUUGACAAUUAUGGUGUUUCUGGUCAUUGUAAUCACUGUGAUGUACAUCAGGGAGUGCGAAAGCUCUUGCAAAAUUCUUCCCAACAAGUUGAAGCCUGGGAACUUGUCAGUAACAACAUAUUGCGCAAAUACAGUGGACCAGUUGAUAUUUGGUUGUCCAUUUUAUUAGCCAGGAAAUGUCUAAACAGAGAACUGCAGUCUUUGCUGAACGAAAAUCCCUUUCAAAGCUAUGCUGCAAUGGCUCAACAUAGGAGCCAAUGGAUAUGGUUCCGGAAGCUUUUUGUGUCAUUUUCAAGCUACACUUACGUAAACACUCUUAAGAUGAUGAACCGUUAGCCAAUACCUACAACCAUUUUUUGGCUUU